AUGAAGACUUUGAUAGACUUUGAUGAAUGUCUUCGAGAUACUCCAAAAUUUCGAUCAUGCAUCGAAACUGUCGAGGGGAAUAUAGAUCAGCUGGAGCAAAAAUUAGAUAAGGUAUUAAAAUAUUGUAAUUUAAUGAUUGAUGCUGGGAAAACAUUCGUCGGACAACAGAACCAGUUCACUAGCAGCCUGUGGGAAUUAUCUCAAUACUUUACCGAUGAUGAAAAAGUAAUGAGUUUUUUAAAUAAAUUAAUCCAGGCGUUGCAAGAAAUGAAUAAAUUCCACACAAUACUAUUGGAUCAAGCAUCGAGAACAGUUGUUAGAGACCUCAGUGCUUUUAUAAAAAGGUAUUAUUACAAUAAUAACUAUUCUUUAAACCGCAACUCCCAAGUCCCCAAAACCCGGCCAUCUGAGUACGAAGAAGCCUCUAACAUCCUCUCAGCCACCCGCUCAUGUUUCCGCCACACCGCUCUGGACUACGUCCACUCCCUAACAAUGUUACAAUCUCGUCGACGUCACGAAAUCUUGGGCUCCUUACUCAACUACAUGCACGCGUGCUUCACCUACUACCACCAAGGUUCAGACCUAGCCCAGGACUUGGACUCCUUCUUGAAGGACCUAAGCGAGGACUUGAUAGUAAUGCGGCAGGAUUCUUCAAAGCUAGAAAAAGAAAUGGAGAACCGCCACGUUUAUGUAACCAGCCGUGAUUUGGUUCCUUCAAUUAUUGAAGGUCCAAGUAAGAAACGAAUGGAAGGUUACUUAUUCAAGCGAACUAGCAACGCCUUCAAGACCUGGAACCGCAGAUGGUUCUGCUUAAAAGAUCAUCAAUUAGUUUAUAAGAAGCGUACUGGAGACGACGAGUACACAGUAAUGGAAGAAGACUUGCGCCUCUGUACAGUAAAGUCAAUUGUAGAUUGCGAGCGACGUAAUUGCUUUGAAGUCCUAAGUCCCACUAAGAGUCACAUUCUUCAAGCUGAUAGUGAAGAAAUGUACUUAGCUUGGGUAACAGCGAUGCAGCAGGCUAUUGGAGCUGCUAUUCAACGAGGUACUAGUUCUUAUACACUGUCUCCAAUUAAAACGUUGGAGUUCCAAAGGAACAAUUCAAGGGGACCUAUAAGACCAGCUCCUAAAUUAAAAACCAGAGUUUGGGAGCAAUUAUUGAAGAUUCCAGGGAAUGACACUUGUUGUGAUUGCGGAAGUUUGAAUCCUAAGUGGGCUAGCAUCAACCUGGGCAUCACUUUGUGCAUAGAGUGCUCUGGGAUUCAUCGAAGUCUUGGAGUUCACUAUAGUAAAGUCAGGUCAUUGACUUUAGACGACUGGGAGCCGGAAAUUUUGAAGGUCAUGGCUGAGUUGGGGAACAAUGUUGUCAAUAAUGUCUACGAAGCAGUGAAAAUUGAUCAGGAGAUUACUAAAGCUACUCCCAAGUGUAUUAACAGCAUCCGCGAGGCUUGGAUCAAAGCCAAGUAUGUUGAUAAGAAGUUUGUCAAACCUUUUGAUAAUUCUGUAGUUCCCGUAACUGGCCAGAGGGAUAUUAUGCGCUUCAGGAAGUGGAGUGUUAGGAAACUCAGGAGGAGGCCUAGGAGUCAUAGGAAGAUUGGGAAAAAUAAAGAAGGGAUUAGUGAAGUUGAGGAUGAAGUUUGUGAGGAUGAGGAUAGUUCUGUUAGCUCUGAUGAUAAAGAGCAAAAGAAUUCUUUGGUGGAAGGCAAGGAUGUGGGUUUGGAGGGAGAUAAAGAGGAGGUUGAUAAAAAGGAGGAUAAAGGGGAUGUUUUGAUGUUUGGGUGUGAUUUACCAAAACCUUUUAUUGAAAGUAACCUUGAGCUUAGCUCCGAUCAGGAUUCUACUGCGGGAGAGGAAGAAGAGUUUGCGGAGGAGGAGGAUAUUGAAAAUUUACACCCUGAUAUGUUGCUGUAUAAAGCUGCGGAGGCACAUAACCUGCCGGUUAUGUGCACUGCUUUGGCUGCUGGGGCUGAUAAAUUGUGGUGCAAUGUUAAUGACAGGGGACGUACUGCUCUUCAUCAGGCGAUAAUUAGUGGCUCGGUGAUGUCGUGUGAGUAUUUGAUUUUAAAUGGAGCGAAAAUCAAUUGUCAAGAUGCUGAGGGUAAAACUCCGCUGUAUUUGGCUACGGAAUUAGACGAAAGUGGAGUGAAACCAUUGUCAAUAGCUGUAAAAGAAGCUAACGCAGAUAUUGUCACUCUGUUAAGACUAGGAUUAUUGAACGAAGAGAUGAAAGACUCUGAAAUAGGUAUUACCGGGGACGAAACGUUCAAUGAUGUAGUUCGCGACUUUAGUCAAUUGGCUUGUUCUCAUCCCGAACGCUUGCAUCGUCGUAAUGAAGGAAGUAAUGUACAAAAUACGCCCGAAUAA